AUGCCUGCAGCCUGUGCCAACACGGUGGUCCAGCAGCGCUGUUGGGUUGGCUUUGACAGUUCUCCCACUAAUACAAAAGGUUUCUUGUGUGACAAGAGAAAUUGGGGAAACAGUACCAAAAAAUUCAUUAUAUUCUAUGACAGCGAAUAUGAUAUCCGUGGCAUACAGGAAUUUUUGGACAAAGUAUCUCACCAGGGAAUGGACGUUGCACUUCAAAAGGUAGAAAACAACAUCAAUAAAAUGAUCACUACUCUCUUUGACACCAUGAGAAUCGAAGAAUUGAAUCGCUAUCGAGACACUCUUAGGCGAGCCAUCCUGGUUAUGAAUCCUGGCACAGCCAAGUCCUUUAUUAGUGAGGUUGUGGAGACCAAUUUGGUUGCUUUUGAUUGUCACUGGAUCAUUAUAAAUGAGGAAAUAAACGAUGUGGAUGUACAGGAACUUGUAAGAAGGUCAAUUGGAAGGUUAACAAUUAUUCGGCAGACAUUUCCUGUCCCCCAGAACAUAAGUCAGCGAUGUUUCCGUGGCAACCAUCGAAUAUCUUCAACAUUAUGUGAUCCAAAGGAUCCGUUUGCGCAGAACAUGGAGAUUUCAAACCUUUACAUAUACGACACGGUGCUUCUCCUUGCUAAUGCUUUUCAUAAGAAGCUGGAGGACCGAAAGUGGCACAGCAUGGCAAGUCUGUCAUGCAUUAGAAAGAAUUCCAAGCCCUGGCAGGGGGGGCGUUCCAUGUUAGAGACCAUCAAGAAGGGUGGAGUUAAUGGCUUGACUGGAGAGCUAGAAUUUGGAGAAAAUGGAGGUAAUCCCAAUGUCCAUUUUGAAAUUCUUGGAACCAAUUAUGGAGAGGAGCUUGGCAGAGGUGUCCGCAAACUCGGGUGCUGGAAUCCUGUCACAGGACUCAAUGGGUCCCUCACUGACAAGAAACUGGAGAACAACAUGCGUGGCGUAGUUCUCCGUGUGGUGACUGUUCUGGAAGAACCUUUCGUCAUGGUCUCUGAAAAUGUCUUGGGAAAGCCGAAGAAAUACCAGGGCUUCUCCAUUGAUGUUUUGGAUGCCUUAUCCAACUACUUGGGCUUCAACUAUGAAGUUUAUGUUGCACCAGAUCACAAGUAUGGAAGCCCACAAGAAGACGGGACAUGGAAUGGUUUGGUAGGGGAAUUAGUCUUUAAGAGAGCUGACAUAGGGAUUUCUGCCUUAACCAUCACUCCAGAUCGAGAGAAUGUGGUGGACUUUACAACACGUUACAUGGACUACUCGGUGGGGGUCCUCCUUCGGAGGGCCGAGAAGACGGUGGAUAUGUUUGCCUGUCUUGCUCCCUUUGAUUUCUCUCUGUGGGCCUGCAUUGCUGGCACAGUCCUUCUGGUGGGUCUGCUGGUCUACCUUUUGAAUUGGCUGAAUCCCCCACGACUGCAGAUGGGAUCGAUGACAUCUACCACACUGUACAACUCCAUGUGGUUUGUGUAUGGAUCCUUUGUACAGCAAGGUAAGGAGAAAAACUACAUUACCCUAAGGCCGAGAAGGUUCCGGGCCCAGGUGGAGGGCAGCGGUCUUUAUUCUCAGGCUCCAGCUCCGCAGAUCACACCGAGCACCCCGCUCCUGCACCGUGGGGAUCGGGGCUCUCAGGGGAACCCCAUAAACCAGGAGGACUGGGAUUUGGAGCCAGCCACCCUGUGCUCCGGUCGAGCCAGCGAUGAAACAUCCUGUCUGGGCCUGACGACCAGCUUGCAGAAAUAUAGGAUGCAGGGUAGAUAUGAUGUGCUGCGCCUCCUGGCCCAAGGAGGCUUUGGGAAGGUAUUCCUAUCACGACACUAUGGGACAGGAAUCCAGGUAGCUCUAAAGGAGUUAAAAAGGGCAGACCAGGAAGUGUCCUACAUUGAGAUGGAGGUUGGCAUACUGAAGGAACUUCGACAUCCCAAUAUCACACAAUUACUGGAAGUGAUAGAAUAUCAAGACAAAGUACACCUGGUCUUAGAAUAUGUAAAGGGGGUCAACCUGCGACAAGAGUUACGCAGAAACCAUAAGAACAGGCUGCAGGAGAAGGACGCCCAGAGGAUCUUCAGAGACCUGUUAGAAGCAGUGGGUCACUGCCACGAUCGUGGCAUUGUACACGGGGACCUCAAGCCCGAAAAUGUUCUGAUGGACAUUCAAGGUCGGGCCAAGGUCUGUGACUUCGGGGUGGGGAUCCGGUUCCACCCUGGACAGAAGGUGACUGUAGUUAGGGGGACAUUGGCAUAUUGUGCCCCCGAAAUAUUCUCGCGCCAGCGGUACGAAGGCCCUCCCCUAGACAUAUGGGCCCUGGGACACCUCCAUAGACGUGUAAAUAGCUUGUGCACAGAUGACGACAGCCCCCAUAAACAGUUUUCCACCUCGUCAAUUGACCUGACCCCUCUGGACAUUGACACUUUGCCUACACGCCAAGCCCUGGAGCAGAUCAGUGAUUUCAGGAACACUCACAUCACCACCACCACCUUUAUCCCAGAGCAGAUCCAGACUCUCAGCCGCACACUGUCCGCUAAGGCUGCCUCUGGCUUCGCUUUUGGCAACGUGCCUGAGCACCGGACUGGCCCCUUUAGGCACAGGGCUCCGAAUGGGGGCUUUUUCAGGAGUCCAAUAAAAACAAUGUCAUCUAUUCCUUAUCAACCGACUCCCACCCUGGGGCUCAAUCUGGGGAACGACCCCGACCGAGGCACCUCCAUAUGAGCCGCAAAGUUCUCCUUGCUGUUUCUUCUUAGGACUCCCUCGGCCAGGAGGAGCGCUGUAAUCUUGUGGGACUAACACGGAUGUAACUUUUUUUAAAAUUAGGAUUAUUAGUAACAAUUCUCUUUCUUUCUUCCCACUUUCUCCCUCCUCCCUCUCCUGUGUUUCUUUCUCUUUCUCCUCUCCCUUCUCAUAAAUUUCCUUCCGUUUGUUUCAUUACUCAACCCAUUUCCCCCAGAAUAUAGUGUACUAGGGUCCUAUUAGUCUGCUUUUCAUAUACUGUACUUCAAGUAUAGGAAAUGUGCACUGAGUAUACCAGGAGUAUAUGCAGGAUUAAUUCUACGGAAAGGCCUCUUACAUAAUGUUUCUCUAUUUUUAAAAAUAUAAUUGCAAUAACUUCAGCCUUUUUACACUCUUCUGCUGCACCCAUACAACGCUCCACUGUUGCGUGUCCUUUAACUGUGGACCAAAGGCGACCCUGCAGUGUUCAUAAGACAAUUCAGAGACCAUUCAGGCCACAUAAUACGGGAAUGCAAUUUUCUAGGAUUACAAAAAAGCCAUUAAUAUGCCAGUCAAGACUACAGUUAAAACUACUCUUGCACUGCAACAGUGCAUAUGACCUUUAUGUGAUUGUACAGUAUUAAAAGUUUUUUCUUAUGUACAGUAAACUUUAUCAUAUGGCAGAAGCCUCUAUUGUGUUAAAUAACUUAGUAUAUCCUAUAUAUACAUAUAUAUGCACCUAUAUGAUGUGUAUAUAUAUAUAAAGGCAGCCAUUGCUAUUGCAAUUCAUUUAAUAAAGCUUUAGUUAAAGAAAAAAAAAAGUAUUGUAUACAGGAGCUAUGUAUAGUGCCAGAGGUCUUUUCAGUUAGAAAAGGCAGGCUGCUUUAAGGUUAUUCUGAUGCACAUUGUUUGCCAACAGAGAAUAUUUUAUACUUUUGUUAUUAAAAACAUCCCGGGUGACUUAAUAUUUGUUCCCAGAUGUAACUCAUUUGAGUAGGUUUGGCAUUUGUUAUUCAGCGAUGUAUAAAGCUAACCUUGAUAAUUUUGCUUUUAAUUAACUACCUAACUGGAAAAUGCUAUUAGCUGAAUCGCCUCCCCUACAGCACAUAGAGCUCUAGAAGAAUUUAAAGGUAGCUCACCGAAGGUGAAAAAUCCUCUUCCAAAGCAGUAAGCCGAUCAGUACAACUGCAGUUGGGGAGCAAUGGGAACCCUAAAGAUGUAUUGAUGUGGCCUUAAUUAUGUCAUACGUUAUCCUGGUGAAAAAGGUAACAACCAUAGUGGGCUCUCAUCUGAACCCCCUUUUUGUUCAGUUCUACUCGGAGGAGUUACGUACUUUUUACAUUAGUGCCAACUGUAUAGAAGAAUGACAGCAAAAACGGUGCCUCUUUGUGCACGACCCUUUUAAAGUAGCAUUCUUAUCUGUUAGAAAUGUAGAAUGAACUUUGUUUGUAAUCCUUAAAUUAAAGUGUGAUAAGUAGGAAGCAAGAACUUAUCCUGUGUUUGAUGCAGCCAUACACUUAUUUUAAUCGAAUUCAUUCCAUGGCUAGGAUUGAUAUAGGAAUCAACCUACGUGAUUUGCUUUAGGAGAAAUUAAGAGGUAUAUUCUUAAGGUAUAUUAUAUUUUGAUGCUAAUUCUGUUCUGGGGAGCAUCUCGUACUGUCACUGUUUUUGUACUAAAUCUUCAAAUAUUGUCUACUGUGUAAGGCAGAAAACCUUCUUAUCAUGCAAAAACCAUUUUGUUUCCAGGGUAACAAGUACCUAAGUGCAUGCACAACUUGUUUUCCCUUGUAACAUUCAUGAUCUCAUUCACAACUCCGAUUUUAAAACAAAACAAAACAAACAAAAAAAUCUUUACAACAAGCUAUAUAGGGACAUACCAGAUGUUGCAGUGAUUUUAGCUAUCAAACUGUUAACCAUGUACAAUAUUUAAAAUAGGCUUAUUUUGAUGUAUUGCCUAUUAUACAAAUACACAAAACAUUUUUGGAGGCCUCAGUUAUGAGUGGCAGAGCUUUCUGUGUAUAAUUUGUCUACAUAAUUUGUCUAAUAAAAAUGUUUUCUAAA